UUAUCAGCAAGUAGCAAACACCGAUCGGUGGCCACCUUGCUGCGAGUGCCAUAUUGAGGAUUUUUUCCAGUUUUGGGGGAACCAAUUUAUUGGUAUUUUCUAAAAAUCCCCCCAAAUUCAUAGGAUUAUGGUGACAGUGACGUGUUUGUUAGUGUUUCCUUUCUUAGUUCAUGGAGCCUUCGCCAGGGCACAAGACCCAAUCGUCCCAGAAGUAGUGACGGACUACUACAAUGCCUACGACUACGGGCCGGCUACAAAUGCGGUCUACCCCGACUACUACUACCCCACCACGGACUACGUGAAGCCCAGCGUGGCCUACGGGGACUACGCCAAGUCUUACUACACGGACUACUACAGCCAGUACACAGACUUCGCCUACAACGACUACGACUAUUACCAAUACUACGAUGAAUACGGUGCCUACGAUGACGAAUAUCUGCAUGAGUACGGAGACUACUUCGGCUUUGGGGACAGAAACAACCCUUUAGAAACAGCCCUUGGAGUCUAUGAUCAGGCGGCUGCUCCUAGUGAGCUACCAUGGGUCUACAUAAUCGUCCCAGUUCUCCAAGUAGACCUCUAUUACGUGGACGAUGAGCAAAAAGGCAUUGAAAACAUUGACUUCGAGCUGCCGAUAGAAACGUUCCUGUUUGAGUUGGGAGAUUUCGGUCUGGGUCACUUCGAACUGGGAGACUUCGGCCUGGGUGAGCUAGACUUCGGUAACUUGGACUACCCCGCACCUUCCUACGACUACGCCUACGAAGACUACCCCAUCUACGGGCACUACCCCUACGGCUCUAAACCCCAGAUGUUUGACACAGCGGAUGAGCUGGACGAUGUUGCUACCCUGGACUACCCAGCAGUUGACUACCAACCCCUCUGGGUAGAUUGGAUCUUCAUGGUGCCCCCAGAGAAUGCGGAGCCUGUAGUUCGUUAGUGUUAAUUACCUCUUAUUUAUCUAUUUUUACUUAGGAAAUAAAUAAUUUGUACUUCCCA